AAAUAAUAUUGGUAUAAUAGCCCACGCGCUCGCAUGGCAUAUAUAGAUGAAAGUAAAACGAAUUGUUGAGGAUUUACAGUAUAUCUCAACGGAGUAUUAUAGAUAGUAUUCAAUCCUUCGAGGGGCUUACUAUAUAAAAUCAUUAAACUGCAUUCUUCAAAAAAGGUAUAACGUGUUUCAGUCGUACUCGAAGUCAAAAUGGUAGCAACAUCACGCUGUUUCAUUUACCAGCUACGGAACACAAUGACUACAUCAUCCAUAUACAUAGUGCUCAUAUGUUUAUGUUUACCAGCGAUAUUUGGAAUGCCAUACUUAGACGCUUCAAACAAUUUAGAAAAGAUAUAUCAGAACAGUUUCCUUGACGACACUGACACAUCAAACGAAAUCGAGGACUUUUUAGCAGAAUAUCAACGACCAACACAUCCGUUUCAAGAAUUAGGACAACUUUUAGAUGACGGAUUCGAUGUUGACAACACGGAUGAAGGUUACGAUGUCAACAAUUAUGAUAUUUUUGAUAAUCGUGAAGAUAAACUAGUCGGGGCAAGGGCGAAACGACUUGGCUUUUCCUAUUUUCCUUUCCGAUACACACGCCAGUAUCUUCUGAAACACCAGAAUCGUAUUUUACCUGACCUGUUAAGGGAAGCUGGUGAAUAUCCCCCAGUAAAGAGACGACUAGCUUUUACUGCGUUGAGAGGCCGAUAGUUGCCUGGACGAUUUCAUCGCCCAACACUCACCACAGGAGAGAGAGAAAGGGAAAAGAAAACAUUUUUAAGACUCAGAAUUUUAUCAAAAUUUAAUGUUCAAAGAUAUUUUUGAUAUAAUGUAUCUGAAAAAAAAAGUUCACAAAAUUAAGAAACUAAAUGCAGACUUUUAAUGUUAGUGCUUUCGUUUUAAAUGUUGAAACUAUACAAAAGUUAAUUUUAAUGACGAAAUUCAGGCUUCAUUCACAAGUUCAGUUUGGCUUUUAAAUGUAAAUAUAGCUUUCGUCAAUGCUACAUUAUUAUUUCUCUUUACCGCGUGACGUUUAUUUUAGUAAAUAAGUCUCUUUUCUGAUACAUGAUAAAAGAAUGAAUGAAAGUAUUUUUGAUCUAUACGCUUAUUUGUAAACUAAAAAAAUGUAUUUUCGAUAUUGUUUCAUAUGAAAUAUAGAGCCUGAAAUGUUCAAGGAUAGAUGAACAAUGCUUACUAUAUUGGUAUAGCAUCUCCUUGCGUAAGCAUAUUAUGUUACUUCUAUUGAUCCUCUCUAUUUCUAUCGUUGCUUUUGUUCAAAAAUAAAGUUUAAAUAAAUAAUUGUUAAUCGUCUUUAACGCACCUGAAACCUUUUGUAAGGAAAAGUGGCAAUAUAAUGUUGUAGAGUGUUAAAGGCACUAUCUUCCAGAUUGUACGAAAACAAAACGAAAGAAAAAUUUUAAGUAUCAUGAAAUAAAUUUAAUUAUUGACAGACUAGAUGUUAGUUUAAACAUAUUUUUAUUUGUAUUCGAUCAAGUAACACAGUUGCAAUAUACAUUUGUGCAAUAUACAUUGAUGAAAUGUUUGAUCAGAAAACAUGCUUAUAUUAAUUCCUUUCCAUAGACUAUAUGUUACGGAAACAUAUGAGAAAUAGUUGUUUUUACUUAUUUUUAUGAUGAGAAUUGAAAAGUAUUUGAAACGCAUUACUCAACUUUAAUUAUAAAUUUCUAUAUUUAACAGGUCGUUAAAUACGUAAUCCUCCGUGGUGUAUUGGUCAAAACCGUGGGAAAGUUUUUAUUGCCGCGGUGAUCCGUGUUCAAUUCCCUACCCUGAAUUUUUUUUCUUGAUUAGGCUUCUUUUAAAGAUAGUUUGGAACUAAAAACCAAUGUUGAUGCCCCGUAAAUGUUCCAAUGUUCAUAAUAUUUCUUCAUAAUAAACUUCAAUUUUAAAGUUUAAAGAAAGGUCAUUUUAGACAAACUCUGGAGGUCAGUGCCUAAAACAGAUACAUAUAGUGUAACUUGCAAUGUUAUAUUUGAUUUAAAUACAGAAAAUUAUGAGACAACUGAGUAAUAAAUCUGAAUUUGUUCUA